GUGGAGCAAGCCUUAUACUGUAGCCAACGCGUCAACAAGCAUUGACAGCUUCCAUCAACAAGCUGACCAGACUCAAGCGCACCAUAACACUAUCAAAACCGGACAAACUUGAGAGUAUUGGAACGGAGACAGUCAAACACCCGCCAUGUCACGAGUAGAGGUAGAAAUCCUCACCAACUAUCUCAUCCAGCCUGCGCCGCUGCGUGCCAUUGUCAGCUUCGACCAGUUCCAGGCCCUAUUUCCCAGCGAUGCGCAAAAUUCGCCCUUGUUGCGCUCUUUAUUCACGGACUUACAAUCCCAAAGAGCCAAUGCAAUAGACAAUGUGUCAGCCGCGAUUGAACUAGAGGCAGAGAGUGGCAAGAUGAUGCGGCGAGAGGUACUGCGCCAACGCCAAGUAGUACAAAAAGAAGAGAUAGAUGGCGAAAUUGAAUUGGAAAGAGCACUAUUCGCAGCAGACUCCGGUGUCGAGAGUUCAAAGCACACGCUCGACUCCAUUCUCCCCGAGCUUGAGGGCGCAGCAGAUGCUUUGAAAGAGGAUAUCCUGCGGUUAGAGGAUGAGGAGAGGGCCCUUACUCAAUCUAUUGCACAAAUAAUCAGUACGUUGAGUGAUUUGCAAUACAGCAAGUUAAGCAAUGCAAGACUACCUGAGGAGCUACGAGCAGGCAUGGAUUCCCUACGAAACGCAUGCUCGAACAAAUCAUGAGCGCCCACGAAGUAAUGAUGAAAUGAGAACAAGAACAAGCGUUUGUAAUUCGCCUAACAAUAAUAAUGCAAUAAUCCUUCGCCACGACUUCAAUGCACGUCCGUAGAGUAGGCAUGUCGUCUUUCCUAAGAAUAACCCAACCCAAACCCUGUAGACAGAAACCCUUUUUUGAGACAAACCCCCAUCGAAUAAUAAGAAGCGGCAAACAGACAACUCCAGAAGAAAAAAUAGAGCUACCCCACGAAAACAGCCAGGAUAUUGAGGAAGUAAAAAAUGUGCCAAGAAGAAAAACCAAAGACCCAACCCCAUGGUUGGUCAAGCGAAGAGGGUCUAGAGAAAGCCAAGAGCCUCAUAGCUUAUUGAGCAGGGGCGGCGGCGGCUCCAGGAGCGGCAGCACGGCGUUGCUGCUGCUGCUGGCCUUGCAUGCGGUUGGACCUGCGAAAGGCUUGUUAGUCGGGGAAGCACCAAGAUAACACGCUUGAAAUCUACUCACAUCAUAGUUCUGCUAAGAAGAGAGACGACGAUCAUGAAAGCCCACUGAGGGACGAGACCAAAGGCCCAAAGAACGUAGCCAAUGGGAACAGCGACGCCAAGCUCGGCAGCCUUGCCGUUGAAAGGGUGGAAGAAGGACUCAAGGAGGACAAAGUCCUUCUUGCCGUUGCUGUAGAGCUUGGUGAUGGUUUCAGCCGUCGUUGUGGUGAGGUUCAAGCGGGUACGGUAAAUGUCGAUGGGGGCGGGAGUGGGAAGCAUCUGGAAGGCCCAAAGGUGGCCGCUGUUGGCAGACCAGCUGUUGCAAAGAACAGGCUCGUUAUCACAGUUGAGCACAGCCAGGUGAGGGCGCUUGGAAGCGGCGGCGAAGCGGACGGCGCUGGCGUUGAAGGCCUUUUCGGCGUUUUCGCAGAGGCCUGUAGAAAGUGUUAGGUUAGCAUGGCGCAUAGCGUCGUUAGGCGUAUGCCAUAUUCGUGGAACGUACCAAAGCAAGUCUUGUUGCCGCCAGUGAUCAUGACAUACCACUCCUCAGGGGAGGUAGCAGCAGCCUUGACAGGCUCAUAGAGAGUGUCCUUCCAGGUGUCCAGAUUCAAGCUGGUAACCUUGACGGAGCCAAUCUUUGCGGCAACAGAGGCAACGGGAUCUUUAGGAAUAGCUUCCUCAGCGAUGGAGCCAAACUUGCCAACCAAGUUUUGGAACUGGGCCUUGUACUGGGCGAAGAUGCCCUCUUCGGCGGCGGCGACAGAGGCCAGGGCGGCCGUGACAGCGAGAGUAAAGCGCAUUUUGUAAGAAUGAAUGAAGGUGUUUGGGUGAGUGCAGGACGAUCCAAAAAGCAAGAUCUUGCUGGAAUUGGAGAGAAUUGGCGCGGAGGGCGAUGGAUGCGGAG